UCCUCCGCCGGCGAGACGUGAGCCGCAGCGCGCGACCGCCGCCGCGCUCCCCGCGCCACCGGCACUCGCUGCCGCGCCAUGUCGCGGCCCAGUAGCGUCUCGUCGCGGCAGCCUGGCGAGGGUUCGGCCGCGGCCUCCUCAGCCGCGGCCGCCUCCUCCGCCGCGGCCGCCGCCGCCGGCCCCGCGGCGGGCCGCGGCAAGAGGCUGAAGGAUAUCCGCGUCGACGAGGAGGUGGAGAUCGCGGUGAACCUCGCCCUGGAGCGGUUCCGCUACGGAGAGGAGAAAGAAAUGGAGUUUCCUUCCUCUUUCAGUAGCACCGAAAGAGCAUUCGUUCACCGGCUCUGUCAGUCUCUCGGACUGAUAUCUAAAAGUAAAGGGAAAGGAGCAAAUCGAUACCUGACUGUAAGGAAGAAGGAUGGAUCAGAACUAACACAGGCAGUAAUGACUUGCGGCUUGGCUCCCAGUACGAAACAUACUGUUCGGAGUUUAAUUCAGAGAUUUCCUGUCACAAAUAAAGAACGAACAGAACUUCUGCCAAAGACAGAGCGAGGAAAUGCAUGUGCUGUUGAAUCUGAAAACAGAGACGUGAACAAGACAAGUGGACGGCUUAACAAUGGUAUCCCCCAGGUUCCAGUGAAAAGAGGGGAAUCGGAGUUUGAUUCCGUCAGGCAAUCCCUACCAGUUUUUGAGAAACAGGAAGAAAUUGUCAAAAUAAUAAAGGACAAUAAAGUUGUUUUGGUUGUAGGAGAGACUGGAUCAGGAAAAACUACUCAAAUCCCUCAGUUCCUUCUUGACGAAUGUUACAAAAACGGAACUCCGUGUCGUAUAUUUUGCACUCAGCCAAGACGUUUGGCAGCUAUUGGUGUGGCUGAAAGAGUGGCAGCAGAAAGAAGAGAAAAGGUUGGCCAGACAGUUGGUUAUCAGAUCCGAUUAGAAAGCAGGGUUUCUCCAAAGACACUGUUAACGUUUUGCACUAAUGGCAUACUGCUUCGCACGCUAAUGGCAGGAGACAGCACUCUAUCAACUGUGACGCAUAUUAUUGUGGAUGAAGUACAUGAGAGGGAUAGGUUCAGUGACUUCUUGUUAAUAAAACUCAGAGAUGUGUUGCAAAACCAGACUAAUCUAAAACUAAUUAUUUCUAGUGCUGCCCUAGAUGCAAAUCUCUUUAUUAGGUAUUUUGGAAGUUGCCCAGUAAUACACAUACAAGGAAGACCUUUUGAAGUUAAAGAGAUGUUUUUGGAGGACAUUUUACGAAGCACUGGGUAUACAAACAAAGAGAUGAUAAAGUACAAAAAAGAGAAGCAGCGAGAAGAGAAACAGCAAAGCACUCUUACUGAGUGGUGUUCUGCUCAAGAAAAUAAUAGCAAAGUGGAAUCUCGGAGACAAAGAUCUGUCCCAAGUGCAACUGAAGAGUAUAAUCUGUUGGAUGAUAGUGGUGAUGCAGUAUUUAAUCAACUGACUGAAAAAGAUGCGAAUUGCCUUGAACCGUGGCUAAUAAAAGAGAUGGAUUCUUGUCUUUCUGACAUCUGGUUGCAUAAAGACAUUGAUGCCUUUGCUCAAGUGUUCCAUCUCAUUUUAACCGAAAAUGUCAGCGUUGAUUAUAGGCACAGUGAAACCAGUGCAACUGCACUAAUGAUUGCUUCAGGGAGAGGAUUUCUGAGUCAAGUAGAACAACUGAUCAGUAUGGGAGCAAGUAUCCACUGCAAAUCAUCCAAUGGCUGGAUGGCUUUGGACUGGGCUAAGCGCUUUGGACAGACAGAGGUUGUUGACCUGUUGGAGUCCUACAGCGCUUCAGUGGAAUUUGGAAAUCUUGACGAAAGUUCCCUCGUCCAAACAAGUGGUAGUGACCUUAGUGCAGAAGACAGAGAACUAUUGAAUGCUUAUCAUCACAGUUUUGAUGAUGAAAAAGUAGAUCUGGACCUGAUUAUGCACUUACUUUAUAACAUCUGUCGUAGUUGUGAUGCUGGAGCGAUUUUAGUAUUUCUUCCUGGAUAUGAUGAGAUAGUUAGCCUGAGGGACCGUAUUCUUUUUGAUGACAAGAGAUUUGCUGAUAAUGCUCACAGAUACCAAGUUUUCAUGCUUCAUUCAAACAUGCAGACUUUGGAUCAGAAGAAGGUGCUUAAAAGUCCACCUUCUGGCAUCCGCAAAAUAAUUCUUUCUACUAAUAUUGCAGAAACCAGCAUAACAGUCAAUGAUGUUGUAUUUGUUAUUGACUCAGGCAAGAUGAAAGAGAAGUCUUUUGACGCACUGAGUUGUGUUACAAUGCUAAAAAUGGUGUGGAUUUCAAAAGCCAGUGCUAUCCAGAGAAGAGGCAGGGCUGGGCGCUGUCAGCCGGGAGUCUGUUUUCAUCUCUUCAGCAGGCUCCGAUUUCAGAAUAUGUUGGAAUUUCAGACUCCAGAACUUCUAAGAAUGCCACUUCAGGAGCUUUGUUUACACACAAAACUUCUGGCUCCGAUAAACUGUCCAAUUGUUGACUUUCUUAUGAAAGCUCCUGAUCCUCCACCAGCUUUAAUUGUGAGAAAUGCUGUGCAAAUGCUGAAGACAAUAGAUGCGAUGGACCCUUGGGAAGAUCUCACUGAACUUGGUUAUCAUCUCACUGAAUUACCAGUAGAGCCACACCUUGGUAAAAUGGUGUUGUGUGCUGUUGUUUUGAAGUGCCUGGAUCCUGUUCUUACUAUUGCUUGCACUCUUGCAUAUCGAGACCCUUUUGUCCUACCUACACUGGCCUCUCAAAAGCGUGCAGCCAUGCUGUGUAGAAAACGCUUUACUGCAGGAACAUUUAGUGACCAUAUGGUGCUUCUCAGGGCUUUCCAGGCAUGGCAGAAGGCGCGCAGUGAUGGCUGGGAGAGAGCGUUCUGUGAAAAGAACUUCCUGUCUCAAGCAAGGAUGGAAAUCAUUAUAGGAAUGAGAACACAGUUGCUUGGCCAGCUUAGGGCCUCAGGUUUUGUUAGAAGCAGAGGAGGAGCCGAUAUUAGAGAUGUUAAUACUAAUUCUGAAAACUGGGCUGUAGUUAAAGCUGCCCUAGCGGCUGGGAUGUAUCCCAAUCUAGUGCAUGUAGACAGAGAAAGCCUGGUUUUGACUGGACCAAAGGAGAAGAAAGUGCGAUUUCAUCCUACCUCUGUUCUUAGUCAACCUCAGUAUAAAAAGAUUCCCCCAGCAAAUGGGCAAGCUGCAGCCAUUCAGGCACUCCCUACAGACUGGCUUAUAUAUGAUGAAAUGACGAGAGCUCACAGGAUAGCAAAUAUCAGAUGCUGUUCUGUUGUAACACCUGUCACUGUGUCACUCUUCUGUGGACCAGCUAGAUUACCAAGUAAUGCUUUGCAGGAACCUUCAUCCUUUCGAGGGGAUGGGGUAUCUAAUGAUAACAGUGAUAGUGAGAUGGAGGACAAAACAACUGCUAAUUUGGCACUACUGAAGUUAGAUGAAUGGCUCCAUCUCAGACUGGACCCUGAAGCUGCUGGUUUGUUGUUGCAACUCAGACAGAAGUGGCAUAGCUUAUUUCUGCGUCGUAUGCGAGCUCCUUCUAAACCAUGGUCUCAAGUUGAUGAAAUAACUGUAAGAGCAAUUGUAACUGUUUUAAGUACUGAAGAACAGUCUGCAGGUUUGCAGCAGCCUUCAGGAAUUGGUCAGAGACCAAGACCUGUGACUUGUGGAGAACUUCCUUUAGCAUCUACAUGGAAGUCAACCAACAGUAGAAAAAGCUCAGCAGAAACUGAAUUCUCUGAUGACUCCUCUAAUGCUGAAAAAGUUCUAAUGAAAUCUACACCUCCCACACUUCACCAGCCAAAGAAGUACAAAGAAAAGAACAUUUUGCACUCCAAACGAACUUCGGACGACAGGUCAGAUCAAUCAUCAGUGAAGUCUACAGACAGCAGUAGCUAUCCUAGCCCCUGUGCUAGUCCUUCUCCAUUAUCUGGAAAGGGUUCCAAAUCUCCUUCACCAAGACCAAAUAUGCCAUUUCGGUACUUUAUAAUGAAAAGUAGCAAUGUGCAAAACAUUGAUAUUUCUCAGCAGAAGGGUAUAUGGUCUACUACGCCAAGUAAUGAACGAAAACUAAAUAGAGCCUUUUGGGAGAGCAGCACGGUUUACUUAAUAUUUUCUGUUCAAGGGUCUGGACACUUUCAGGGUUUUGCUAGAAUGGCUUCAGAGAUAGGGUGUGAGAAAAGUCAAGACUGGGGAUCUUCUGGCUUCGGAGGUGUAUUUAAGGUGGAGUGGAUCCAAAAAGAAAGCAUUCCUUUUCAUUUUGCACACCAUUUGCUCAACCCUUGGAAUGACAAUAAGAAAGUACAAAUAAGCAGAGAUGGCCAGGAGCUGGAGCCACAAGUUGGAAAGCAGUUGCUACAGCUUUGGGACCGUAUUCCUUUGGCAGCAAAAAACUCAACUGAUUGAGUGUGUCAAGUAAUGCGAUAGAGCUGUGGUUGUUGAAACAUCAGCUGUAACCACUAGAACCAGCAGUGUGCCUACAAUAUAAAGAUGGGGAAGAAGGUGGUGCCACAAGCUCCUGAAGUUGUUAGUCAUGCUUUGCAGCUAGCAGUGGAAAAAUAAGAAGGAAUUAUGGAAUUAUGUUGGUUUCAGUAUUUCCUUGUCUUAACAAAUGUCAUAACAUUAUUCACCAGCCUGGUUCUGACUGAAUUAUUUUUUUACAGUAGUGUGCAGUUGAUACUUAAAAACAUGGUUAAGUUCAAAACUAAGUUUGAAGCAAUGGACCACAUACAAGUUGUUUGUGGGUUUAAAAUAGCACAGCAGACAGUUUAAGUAUACAGUUUACAUUUAAAGCUUUCUGAACACAGUAAAAUGUAUGAGUUAAACCAGUGUAAUGUUAAUUAAUCAAUCUUGCAGUUUGUGUAAAAGAAAUAAAUUGAGAAUAGAUGUCUCCAAAUGUAUUGGAAGAUUCCAUAA